AACGGAAGCCGGAAGUGGAGGUUCGCUGUGCGCGUGUGGGUCAUGGCGGUGAGCGGGGAUGUGGAGCCGGGGUCCCCGGCGGCUACUGCUGCCCCCUCGCCCGCCCCGGCCGGGGCUCCAGCCCCCAAGCACUUGUUCAGGCCUAUCAGCGCCGAGGACGAGGAGCAGCAGCCCACCGAGAUCGAGUCGUUGUGUAUGAACUGUUACCGCAAUGGCACGACGCGCCUCCUGCUCACCAAGAUCCCCUUCUUCAGAGAAAUAAUCGUGAGCUCCUUUUCCUGUGAGCACUGUGGCUGGAACAACACGGAGAUCCAGUCGGCCGGCAGGAUCCAGGAUCAGGGAGUGCGCUACACUUUGACCGUCAGUGCCCAGGAGGACAUGAACAGAGAAGUGGUGAAAACAGACUCUGCCACCACAAGGAUCCCGGAGCUGGAUUUUGAAAUUCCUGCCUUCAGUCAGAAGGGAGCUCUGACCACUGUUGAAGGACUGAUCAGCCGUGCUAUUUCUGGCCUCGAGCAGGAUCAGCCCGCACGAAGGGCAAAGGAAGAAGCCGUAGCUGAAAGAAUUGAUGAGUUCAUUGUCAGAUUGAAAGAGCUAAAGCAAGUGGCCUCUCCUUUCACUCUGAUCAUUGAUGAUCCCUCAGGGAACAGCUUUGUGGAAAACCCCCAUGCUCCCCAGAAAGAUCAUGCCCUGGUGAUCACACACUAUAAUCGGACUGUACAGCAGGAAGAGAUGCUGGGGCUCCAGGCUGAGGCACCACCAGAAGAGAAGCCAGAAGAGGAAGAUCUCAGAAACGAAGUGCUGCAGUUCAACACAAACUGUCCAGAAUGCAAUGCUCCGGCUCAGACCAACAUGAAGCUAGUUCAAAUCCCCCACUUUAAGGAGGUUAUCAUCAUGGCUACCAACUGCGAGAACUGUGGCCAUCGGACCAAUGAGGUGAAAUCUGGAGGAGCAGUAGAGCCCUUGGGCACCAAGAUCACCUUCCAUAUCACAGAUCCCUUAGCUCUGACCAGAGAUGUGCUCAAGUCUGAGACGUGUAGUGUGGAAAUCCCAGAGCUGGAAUUUGAACUGGGAAUGGCCGUCCUCGGGGGCAAGUUCACCACACUGGAGGGGCUACUGAAAGACAUCCAGGAACUGGUGACUAAGAACCCUUUCACACUGGGUGACAGUUCCAAUCCUGGCCAGAUGGAGAAACUGCAGGAGUUUAGCCAGAAGUUAGACCAGAUCCUACAGGGUAAGAUGAAGGCCCACUUUAUUAUGAACGAUCCAGCAGGAAACAGCUACUUUCAGAAUGUGUAUGCACCUGAAGAUGACCCUCAGAUGAAGGUGGAGCAUUAUAAGCGCACAUUUGACCAGAAUGAGGAGCUAGGGCUCAAUGACAUGAAGACGGAGGGCUAUGAGACAGGCCAGGCCCCACAGCGGUAGCGAUGGUUAGUUCCCAAGCCCGCCUCCAGUGCUGCUCAGACUGAAGGGUUAUUAUUGUUGGGAAAGGCUGAUGGUGUUCUCCCCGCCAGGCCUUGCCCGUGUGGGGGGGGGACACCUGGUCUGAGAGAUGUGGGCAGUUUCGUGAACAGUUUGUGAUGGAAAUGCAAGCCUCUUGGUUUACUUGACUGUAUUUUGGAGGUUUUGAAUUGGCCUGGGAAGAAACCCAGAAAUGAACCGUGGGGCAUGACAUUAUCCCUUUUUUCCCAUCAGCUUUUUACCCUCCCUCCACAUAAUGUUCUCUCUAGGGUUGGAACUCUGAAGAUGGAAGACAGCUACAUCUGGAGUUUGGGAGUUGGUUGGGGAAUAUAAAAUACUGGCUUUCAACAGGAAGAGAGUCUUCUGAGGGGAGGGAGUCCAGCACAGGAGAAGAAGUUCUCAUUAAAGUGAUG